AUGGGCUGUUCUGGCCGCUCUCAAAGGGGUGGACGUACUGGGCGGUCUGAGCCCAGGGAAAGCUUUUUAUCCGGCAACCUCUAUCAUGCGCUGCAGAGCUCCGAGCAGUUGUCGCAGGAAAACGCUCUGCGAGGCGGUUCACCGAUGCAGGUGCGGCUGCUGGUGCAAUUCAAGGACGGCACUACACGCGAGUGGAAAUCCAUGACGCAGAUGGACCAAGUGGUGGAGGCGCUGCGCAAGGUGAUAGGGCCGUUGAACACCCAGCACUGCACCUGCGGCUCCCUUCACAUUCCUGAUCUCGGCAGCGUGGCCGUCGAUGUGGCUGCCGUCCCCCGGCCUGGGGCCGCGUGGGAGCAACCCCAAACGCAGCUACCGUUGUCAUUUUUUUGGAUUGACAUUGUGGGCACGCCCGAGCCGCACGACUUCACGGUCCUCUUUUCCCUUCUGAAGACGCACACCUGCACCGAGCGGCGGUGGCGAGACGAGGCGGCCGCGGCAUUGGCAGCGCCGGCGGAGGGCUACCUCGUAAGCACCACGGAUUGCCCCUCCGACGGUGAACCCGAACUCUUUCUGGGCUCUGACGAGGGGACUCAGGAGCGGGAGCCGGAUGAGCUGCAGGUGUUUGCGGAGAAGAAGUACGUACAGAUGCUACUUGCCGUCAUCCUCGCCAGCCGUCCCAGUGGUGCGGACUCAUUUGGCACGGACUCCGACGGAAGCGCCGUAGCGCAACAGCCAGACCGCCUGCACGCAAACCUCUUUGACGUGGACGACGAGAGUGGCCUUGGCUGGGUGCGACUGCUCUGCUUUGCGGACGGCAUCGUCAGCUGGCGCCCAACGGCUGAGGUGGAAGGGUGGGAAUACGUCUCCCAAAACGUGGCGCAGCACCUUGCCGAGCUCUCCCCCGCAAAGCGCAUGCUAACCACGUCCUGGCUGCUCCACAUCAUCCUCGACGAACUCUGUGAGGCGUUCCUGCCGGACCCCACGCUGGUUUUCAAUGAGGUGGAUGCCAUUGAUUCCAUGAUGCCGCUUGUGCGCCAGAAGGAGUCGGAGCAGGCGGAUGUGCUGCGCCGUGCCCUGCGGCUGCAGCGGUGCCUCUCCGUCCACCGCCGACUCCUGCUGAGUAAGGUGAACCUCCUGGGGCAGCUGGGGCGCCCGGUCAUGCGCACACUUUUUGCGUUCAUCACCGCGGACGCAUGGAACGCCGGCGGCGUCGUGCACCAACCGAACUUCGUUGUCGCCAACGCCGCUGAAGGUUCUGCUCCGGUAGCAGAAUUGCAGCGCCUCGCCCACACCGCCAUUCUUCGUCGCAUUCUGCACCUACUUCGACAGCUCGAUGGCGCCCGCACAAUCCUUGGCAACACCACGAUCAUCUACACCUCGGCGGUGACAAUGCUGAACAACAACAUCAGUACGCAUGCUGACUACCGCAUGGUGGUUCUGCACUACGUCACGCUGGUGUUCCUCCCGCUGACCGUUGUUGCCUCGCAGUGGGGGAUGAACUGCUACGUCCCGUGGAAAGAGCUCGACUCCACGACGCCGUUUUGGUCGAUUGUUGGCAUCUCGGCCGCGUACGCCGCGCUGCAUCUUUUUUACCCUAUCUACUGCAUGUGCAUUGGAAGGGCCGACAAGCUCGUCUAA